AUGGCGCCUAACAUGUUAUUGCCAAUCCGCAUCGCCCAGGGUGUUUUCGCUCUGGUAACCAUGGGUCUUUCAGCAUAUGUCGCCCACUGGUACAACAAUGAUACCCUGACAGCUUCGCCAUCUCAAGUCAACUUCCUAAUCUUCGUCUCCCUCUGGUCAUUCAUCUCCAUCGCCUACCUUGAACUCGCACCUCGAUUCAUGGCAAAAGCCUCCCACCCCGUCCCAAUCCUCGCUUUCAACAUCCUUAACAUGCUCUUCUACUUCGCCGGUUUCAUCGCCCUCGCCGUCUUCCUCGGCAAGCUCCUCUUCUGCCGCGGCUCUGUCUGCGCCGCCGCCCGCGCAGACGCCACCUUCGCAGCCUUCUCCUGGCUCCUAUGGACUGCAUCCAGCGCGCUUGUUGCGCUGCAGAUGUUCAAGGGUGGAUUCUCGGGCCUCAAGACCGACCGCCAGGCGAAGAGCGCCAUGAAGGAGGCGCCGCAGGGCUUGGGAGCGUGAAAUAGCUUGCUUGGUGGUGAUGGGAGGGAGGUGAAGUGGUGGGCUUGGGGGAACAGUGAGGGGAGGGGGAAUAGGAAGUGGCCUGGCAAGAGAGAUGGUGUGGAUGAGGAGUAUGGGGAUUUUGUUUGAAAGGGGGUCUUGAGGACUUCUCGCUUGCUGGCUUCGUUUUCUGAUCUCCACUUGGAUGAUUGGAGGUGAACGCCGGCCUGGAUUAUGACUUUAUGGAUUGGAUGGAUUGGAUUCAUGGAUGGGUUUUGGUUGGGGAGGUUGUCUGCAUUAUGAGGCCUACGGGACGUCAACUAAGCAGCCUCCUGUUGAGUGGCUGGUCCGGUCCUAUGUCUAUGUUAUGUAUACACAGCAGCUCUCAGAGUACUUCCACCUCUUUUUGCGAGACAAAAUCUGGAAAUGGAGUGGAGUUCUUAUUUACAGGUAGAUAAUACUAUGCUUUCUUAUUGGAUACGUUUUAUUCAGAAUGAAAUCAUUGUGUGCCACAUGCGAAUCAAAAUAUUAGACUCUUCAUCUGCUCGAGAAAACAGCCGACGAACUCAAGUAGAACAAAGUCACUUCAGAUUACAGUUCUAUUGUCGCAUCCUCCAUCUCCUCCAAUGUUGGGUAUGUACCCUAGACCCACAGUCAGACUGUUCCAUCGCAGCAAGGUUGAUGCCCACAUGGUACAUCCUCUGUAACAGACUCACUUCAAAGUUCUCGCUUGAGUCCUAACCCAUCAACAUCGGACACUAUUGGUGGCGAUGCUAAGCUGGUAGUCAGUGGCGAAAGUCGGGCGCAAGACGCGACAAGACAGCUUUGGCUGAUUUAGGAUCGGGUGGUUAAGAACUGUAAUAUGGAGGGUUUAGGUCAACAUGUGAGAAGAGAUAUUGGAGUGGGCUUUGG